AAUUGCACACCAUUUACCCAUUUAAAAAUGGCCGCCGUGUUGGAGGAGUUCCUUGCUGGGAAGAUUUCUUCAAAAAGUUUGGUUUUAUGGUUGUCAUCAAAUCAACAUGUGGUUGAAUCAGAAUGUGAACUGUUUCAAGAUCGGUCACUGCGGGCUGACUUUCUGCCAUUUUUCAUCAAUUAUCUACGAGAUCAGACAUCCCAUCUCAUUGGCCAUGGACCUAGCUCAGGGGCCACUCCAGCCAAGACCCCAGCAAGCGCUCAGAAGUUUCGAAGAUCCAGCCAGCAGCAUCAGAAUCCCCCAGAGAGAUCGCAGCGGCAAGAACCCAGCGGCAGGGAUGCUCAGCGUCGACCAAACAGAACUCAGCUUUUCAGCCCCAGUCCCCUGAGAUCAGACGCCUCAGAGGGGACCCUAACUCCCAAGUCCCUGUACUCUGAAGAGGAAAGCCCCAUUAGAACUACAACCGAGGUAAAUUCACGGAACCAAGGUGGUCAUUUUUAUCUCAAGACUCCGCACGAUGAGUACAAAGGAAGGACCAAGAAAAUGUCGCCGUCAUUUCAUAGAAAAGACGAACAGCUGACUUUGGGUCAGUACAUCAAACCGGAAGGACUGAACGUUCAUCAGCCAAAAGGUAGGCGACUAAGCGAUCAGCAUCAUCUCAGAGAAAAUGGAACCCACAGAACACCAUCGAAUGCCAAACGCAGACCUGGUAGCAAGGGCAGCAAGACAUCUUACAGUGAUGGUUCCCUCAAAACAAAGUCCAGAAUGAUGAUCAAAGACCCUGAGGUGCCUGAAUUUGUCUUAAAUGACUCUGAGGACUUUCCUGCCGUGGGAACCCCUUCAACAGUCGCAACAGCUCCAAUAAGGAGAAUCACACCUACGACCAUUACCGGACACCGGAAGAUCCUAACCACCAGAGUGAAACAGCAAUCUCUCUCAAGUCCCGUUUUUUCCAAAUUGUAUCAGGAGGAGCCAUUGCAUCCAGGCAGCACGUUCAACAGGGCUCUUCCGUCUCCUGAUGCUACUCCCAGCCCUACCCAGUCAAGCCUAGGUCUUGAAAAGGAGAGGGAACUCCUCAGACUAGAGCGCCUCAAGCAGCAAGCGAACCUUCAAGAUCCCAUUAAAGGACCUUCUUCAAGCAACCCUCUUUCAGCUUGCUCCCCUCUGAAACCACAGACGCCAACUAAGUCAACAAACGCAACAUCUGCCUUUCCUUACCCUACUGAGUUCACCAAGGCCUCAAGGGAUGAGGUGACGUACCAAGAUCAUGUUGAUAAGCUGGUAGAUCUUUACUCGGCAUGUACAAAAGAAUGUCUGAUGCCCAAUCUGACCAUGGAGCUGUAUUUCCUCGUUCACUUGCUGACCGCCAAAGGGAGCGUGUCCACCACAGAGGGUAUUAACGACCUGUGCGAUCCAGAGGAUAUUAAUUAUCUGUGCUCCAUCCACAAUUGCGUGUACUUUGCGGUGUCUGUUCUCCUCAACCAAUUCUGGCUCCUGACAUUCCUGGAUAAAACCACCUUGAGGCUGCUCUCCGAACUCCCCCACUUGUCCGAGUUUAGCCCCAACCUCAGGAGCGAGCUGGAGUCAGUUAUUGAGGGAGGGUCCGCAAGACCUGUCGUCAUGACCAGCAAGUCCCCCGUCCAGGCAGUGCCGUUCCUGGCCGAUACGGACAACAGGAGGAACUUCCCCAGCGAAGCAGCCUUCCACAGCUUCAAGAAACAGAGGGACAAGUUCUAUGAGUUAGUCCGCGAGUGGUUAGAUCACCACAACAAACCAGGAUGGAGUAUGCAGUCAGCCAUGUCCAAACGAAUCAGAGAUCUGAUUCAGCAGGUGGUGGAGGUUUCCAACUGUACACACUUUGCCCGACUUUUCAGUUCUCAACUCACAAGGAUGUGCCAAGGGGAUCAUUUAAUAUCUGACCAUCAUGAUGACAGCAAGGAACGAGGAUUCCUGGGCAAUCUGAAGAAGACAAACCCAGAAAAAUUCAAGAGGCUUGAAGAGAGGUUCUUCAUCCCAACCAUGUCUGGAGGUCCGAGCCCCCCUCCAGCUUUCCAUGGUUGCCAGGAAUUCUUCAAGGAGUUCAUAUUAGCAGCAGACAGCUUUCUCUUCAACCAGCAUCUUAUUGAUAACUUCUCAUCCAAGAUUCUGGAGCUAAAUGAACUGCAGUUUGGUUUGACGGACCAGGAAGGUGACCAAGAAUCAAAUGCUGUAGAUGAUGAGGUUCGCAGUAGCUUCAGCAGCAGUCUGCAGUCGGCCAGGAUUCUUGCCAAGUUUCUUGGUUUCCUCGUCUUUCUACCGUACCAGGGAGGCAGCGUUCUCCCAGAAUCAGUGCAAGGAGAUGUGAUUGCACUCCGUAACAAGUGUUGCCCUCCGGUUGACAUCUUGGAAAGCCUUCGUGUUGCCUGUCGUCAACAUCGACUGGUCAUAACCGUACCCUGGGUAGUGGAGUAUCUCAGUAUGAUGGACCCCAUGGCAGCCCAGCUGGAAUCUUUCCAAGUGCUUCUCCGCCUCUUGGUCCAGGUGUACAGGCAGGUGUCUGUCAAGCUAAGCUCUGAUGCAUCCAGCUAUAACAUGCUUCUGGUUCUUCUUGUACUGGGAUGGCUGUUUGAGGUUCCGGGUGUGCCAGCAUCCAUGUAUUUCUUGAGUUUUGCAGACGAUUUCGUCUUUGAUGAUACUGUGACGCAGGGGAUAGUGUCAAGCCAAUUGCUUGACGAUCUACAUCUCGUGGACCAGCAGUUAUUAUACCUGUGCUGCCCUUAUCUGGGGGACAUCAGAGUUUUGUUAACGGAUGCCUCCCUCGGCUUUGGAUCCAAGACCACGCCCAUGAAGAAGAUUACACCCAUCGCGGCUAAAACUCCGCCCCAGCCCAUCCAGACAACUCAGCAACUUCAGCUCGAAUUAGAGAAGAAUUUCUUUGACAACCACUCCCCGUCUCUGAAGAAAACGGUGGACUUCGUCAGUUCCCGACUGGCCUCCAACUGCAUCAAGCACAUUGACGCCAGGCUGGUCUCGGCGGCCAGGGACAAGGCCGUGGGGUUGCUGGAGCAAGAGGUGAGGUCCGAGGAAGUCGGGGCGCCAGACGAGAACUGGACAGAUGAGAUGAAGAGGGCCCUCUUGAGGCGAGUCAAAGUUCAGGGUGAAGAGGUUGCCGUGGCAACCAGGGAGGCAGCCGUGCAGCAAGCUAAAGAGUUCAUUUUUGGGAGAAGUAGAGGCGCGUUAACUCUGCUCCUACCCCAAGAAUCGUCUGAGCAAAUCCUGGAAACGGCAGCCUAUAUCACCAUAAGGUUAGCCGUGGAACGUGCCACGCGGUGGAUCAACACACAGAUCCAAGCCGCCAUUCAUCAGGAGUUGAGUACUGGCGUUGACAGAGCAAUCAGGGCAGCCAGGAAGGAGACAACGGAGAAGCCUAAAUUCUCUCCUCCAAUCCACCAUGAUAGGGGCGUGUAUCCUCCCUCAGCAAUCCUGCAGCACUACAAGGACACAUUGAGGUAUCUGCUGACGGGAAGCACUAUUCACCAAGUGACUCUAAAGGAACUAGCUGGCCUCCUUACAGCCACCAAACAAGUCCUGCAUUCCAGACAGGAUCUGACACCCGUUGCAUGGCAGACAAUCCAGCAACUAACAAUGGAGCUGGUGUGCACACUAGCUGUCUUCAAACCGGCCUCCCUCCGAUCUCUCAUUCAAGUAGGAAACACAACCCUCUCAAAGGAUCAUUAUGGGAGGCACAGUGAGGAAAGGGAAACAUCUCUGUUGAGACUAGAUGAGGACAAGAAAAGUGGUAGCUCUGGUAGUUCUGCCGACUUGGACACAAAAUGUCUACAUGCGAGUGCUUCAGAAAAUCCCUGUUUGUCCAAGUGUAGGAACGAGGUACAUGCGGCCAAUGGCACAUCACCAAUUACGUGCUGUAAUGAUCAAAGGAACGCACUUCAGGAGAACAGGCAAUGCGACGGACCAGUCUUAAAUGGCGUUUGGCGAGCGAGUCAUGUCAAGUCUGAAGAAAGGACACAAGAGAGAUUAACUGUUGAGGAUUCAGAUUCCAAAUCUAAUGAGGCACUGACAUUCCCUGUAAAGACAAACUGCCCCUUGGACGGGUCGCCACCACUAAAUGGUACAAAUACGAGUAUUCCUCAUACUACGGUCAACAGAUCAGUCAGCAGAGAACACUGUAAAGGAAACUCAGAAGCAGGGAGGGAGAACAGUUCAUUCAUCAGUUCACAGUCUGGGAAUGACCGUAAUGAGGAACCCACAGGAGUGUGUGUCUUGGAUGCAUAUGUUGAGCUGUGGAGAGACCAUUUCAAGUGCCCAGUACCCGCUCAGCUUUUCCUCUGUCCAAAGACUGCGCUUCUGAUGCAGCAGAGCGCAGAUGAGAAGGAGAGUUGGGAUUCCGUGGGCCAUAUAGUGUGCACCUUGCUGACCCACAAGUUGACAGAUUCAACAGCGGUUGCUGAGUGUGUGACUGGUUUAUUGGAGUCAGGCUUUGUGUGCGUGACAGAGGCUAUGAUACAAGCCAUGUUGGCUAUUGCUCAACGUCUAGCACAAGAUGGAAUACUCAAACAAGCCGAAGAUAAGACCUGCCCGUUAGAUAUGACGUCACUUCUACACGCUCUGAAGGCCAGAUGUCCUGAUGGUGACAUCCUACAGCAACUUCGUGACUAUGUGCAACUUUGUGACUAUGUGCAACCACAGAAUCCCUGACGAGGGUUACGUCAAGGCCAAUUCUGUCAAUUUUGACGUACGUGUCCAACACUUGAAUGAGCUGCCGUUGAAAAAGUGAAUGCGAGCCCCCCCCCCCCCAAUUGAUUUUGGGAGGCCAAAAUGUCCAGAGAAAGAAAUCUGUCGACAUUGCAGAAUUUUUUUGCUGAUGAACUCACCCCCCCCCCCCCACAAGUCUGUAAAAGCUACAUGUUAUGGAAUUUUCGAAUUCAAUCCUAAAGUAUGGUACAUUCGGGUGUUCCACUUGACUUUGUUUUUCUAUUUUGUAUGUCCAGUUUUAAGGGUGAGGGGCUUUGUAUUAAUUCUUGCGUUUUUUCCUGUUUUGGGAAUUACUAUACAUUUGGGGAAUGUUCACAAUUAAAGAAAUGUUAUUAUUUUAAAAGGUGUCAUUAACAUACUACAAUGUACAUUUUUAAUUUUGCCCGGUACAAUAUUGCAUACUGCGUUUAUUACUUCAUUUGGAAAUUGCAACAUUAAUAACGGUAUUGUCAUUUUGAUCGCACAAAACUUUGUUUUGAUUAUAGUCAAUUAUUAAAAAUACAUUGAUUUAUUUCAUAGA